AUGUCCCAACCAGGCCAGGAUGCGAAGUUCUUCCAGAGGGGAAAGAUUGAGGAAUUUCGUGCAGAGCUUCUCGCCGCAGAAACAAAGGACAAAAAGUUUGUCAAGCGCAAGACGGUAUUGAAGAAGAUUGUGGCAAACAUCACAAUGGGAAUGGACAUGUCACCAUUGUUUCCUGAUGUAGUUCAGUGUCUUGGUACCCCGCUACUGGAAAUUAAGAAGAUGGUUUAUCUAUUUCUUGUGAGCUAUGGGCGGUCUAAACCUGACCAGAUACAUCUUGUCAUUCCGAAUUUCCUCCAAGACUGCAAUGAUCGUAAUCCGUUAAUUCGCGCUCUGGCAAUUCGAACAAUGUCAUACAUCCCCAUUCCCGUCGUCACAGAAGCCCUUUCCGAUAACCUCCGUCAUGCACUUAAAGACCGCGAUCCAUAUGUGAGAAAGACGGCGGCUAUAUGUGUUGCAAAACUGUACUCAGCAGAUCCACGAAAAGCAGAGAGAGGAGGAUUCGUCGAGCUACUGCGGGAUCUUAUGCUCGACUCAAAUGCAACCGUUGUAGCCAACGCUGUUGCCGCGUUAUCCGAAAUAGGCGAUAGGCAAGACGGCGUGAUCUUCAAGCUCAAUCUAGCGACGGCGAACAAAUUGCUGGCAGCCAUCCCCGAAAGUUCUGAAUGGGGGCAAAUAUACAUAUUGGACUCCCUGCUACGUUAUGUCCCCGAACGUCAUACUGAUGCGGAGAUGAUGGCAGAGAGGAUUAUAGUCCAACUACAACACGGAAAUUCUGCAGUCAUACUAACAACCAUCAAAGCCUUGUUGUAUCUGAUGAACUACAUGGAGAACCGACAACUGAUCGAUUACAUUUGCAAAAAGAUGGGCCCUCCCCUAGUCACUUUACUCUCCUCUGGUCCGGAAGUGCAAUAUGUCGCAUUGAGAAACAUCUUGCUGAUCAUUCAAAGAAGGCCAACAGUACUCAAGAACGACGUGCGAGUAUUUUUUUGUAAAUACAAUGACCCAAUCUAUAUCAAACUGGCCAAGCUGGAAAUUAUGUAUCGAUUGGCUCGAGCAGAGAAUGCGAAGGAGGUUCUUGCGGAAUUGCAAGAAUAUGCGUCAGAAGUAGACCUUGACUUCGUGCGCAAGGCAGUUCGUUCCAUUGGUCGAUUAGCUAUCAAAGUUGAGGCUGCUGCAGAUGACUGUAUACAGGCACUACUUGACCUCAUCGAGACAAAAGUAACGUAUGUGGUCCAGGAAGCUGUCAUUGUCAUCAAGGACAUCUUCAGACGAUAUCCCGGGAAAUACGAGGGUAUUAUUCCCAAUCUCUGUGAGAAUCUCGAUGCUCUAGAUGAGCCGGAAGCGAAAGCUUCCAUGGUAUGGAUUCUUGGUCAAUAUGCAAACAUCAUAGACAACGCAGAUGAGUUGCUUGAUGACUUGUGUUACACUUUCUUAGAGGAGAGCACUGAGGUCCAAUUGGCCCUUCUGACGGCUGUCGUCAAACUUUUCGUGUACAAAUCGAAAGUAGACAAAGCCAAAGAACUUGUGCACAAGGUUCUGAAAUGGACGACCGAGGAAGCUGAUAAUCCUGAUCUUCGAGAUCGAGGAUUUAUGUACUGGCGAAUGCUUGCCAUCAACCCUACUGUCGCGGGGGAGAUUGUUCUGUCUGAGAAACCACCCAUCACGACGGAUUCUGACAGGAUGGACAGAGGGGCUCUGGACCAAUUACUACUACACACGGGAACGCUUGGGAGUAUCUAUCAUAAAAAUCCAGAGACAUUCAUUCGAAACGCAGCUGGAAAGGCUCUCAAAGAUAGCCCGGCCUUGAACGCACAUUCAAGAGCAGUCCUUAUACCAUUAGCGCGUACGCAACUCCCCUCAAUGGGGCCCAUCGUCGUAGCAGGCCCUGGCCCAACAGAACCUCAAGCACAGUCAUCGCCAGUUGCUCCAUUACCACCUGCGAAGACCGAUGUCGACACGUCGGCCCUUCCUACACAAUCUUCUCAGCUUAUUUCGCCUACGCAGGACGACGUCGCGAAUGACCAAGAUGAAACAGAAGAGGAUGAUGAACCGCCGCACAGUAGACAAGCGAGUAAUUUGGAUCCAUAUUCAAAUCUUGACAAUGCUUUCGGAGGUUAUCUUGCUGAUGAACCAAGACCUAUGGCUAGUAGGCAACAUGAUGAUGACGAUGACCUACUAUUUUGA